AUGAUAUCCGUUGGUUCUUGGAGUAUUAUUGGACACGCAGUAACCGUCGUGUUGGACAGUGGAAAGCCAAAAAAGAGAGCUGCUGUGAGUGGAUAUUUGAUUGGACGCGAUCCUGUCGAUCUCGGUUUAAUUUUGAUAAAAGGCGAGUUCAAAAAAUUUUAAAAUUUGAUUUUUACAUCAAAAGAAAGUUCGGUUUGCAGAUAACAUGGAAACACUUGAGUUGGUUCCCGGUCCCUCGGUGAAAAAAUUGAAGGAAGUCGACAUCGAAGACGUGGACCCGAAUGUUCUCAACAUUACACUGAAGAAAAUAUCAGGCAGUAGUCAUGACAUUGAAGCGGAUUCAGAAAGCAUCAUUAGAGAGAGGUAUGGUUCACACAGUAAAUCCAGAUUUUAAUUCGAAAAAUUUCCCAGAUGUCUAAAAAUCAUCAACUAUCUUGCGUCACAUCAUUUAGAAGUUGAGAAAAAAACAGAAAAUCUGUAUGUGAUUGCGGGAGCAGUGAAGUUCGAGCGACCGUUCCGUCUGAAUAACUUCUACUGCGAUAUUCCAAUUGUCCUGAAACGUAUUCUGAAGCUCGUUGAGGCGAUCGAUAAUUGA